AAUUUCGGACUUCGGACGUCUGAGAAUUGGAGUCAAAAGAAAUAUAAAUACAUUCAGUUCAGAAACACAAUUUAAGAAGAGAGGCAGCCACCAAAGAGUUCGACAUGACGUCACUUCCCGUUGCAGAACAGGGAGUGCUUACAGUUGUCCCUGAUGAGCUGAAGUCUCUGGCAAAGUACAUCAUGCAUGGAUUCUACUCGGUGGAGCAUGCCCUCGUUGUUGACCUUUUAAUCAGGAACACCAUCAUGAAGGAGGAUGACCUUGCUGACUUGCUCAAGUUCGACAAGAAACAGCUUCGAACUUUGCUCAUGAAAAUCAAGAACGAUAAGCUCCUGAAGCAGGUGAUGCGAGUCGAGACGCAGGCCGAUGGCCGCGCCAUGAGGCACUAUUACUACUACAUCAACUACAAGACAUUUGUGAACGUUGUCAGAUUCAAGUUGGAUCGGAUGAGACAGAAAAUUGAAAACAGGGAGAGGGACUCCACCUGUAAGGCGCUUUUCAAAUGUACUGGUAAAGAAUGUGAUAGGACUUACAAUGAGUUCGAUGCAGGAAACCUGUACGAUCCAUUCACGAUGCAGAUGAAAUGCACAUACUGCGGGUCAGAGGUUUUGGAAGAUGAGAGUGCGGUGCCGAAGAGGGAUGCUGUCACUCAGAUGGUGACAUUCAAUGAACAAAUGAAGCCCAUCUUUGAUCUGCUAAAGGAUGUAGAGCAUGUCAAGCUUUCACAAGAUAUCCUAGACCCAACUCCAGUUCCUCUUAGUGAAGCACAAAAGGGUCGUGUGGGUGAUCGAGGCUUGAACAUAGGAGGCCCUCAACAUGGUUGGAGAGAGAACAAUCGUAACCCUGCUGAACUUUACCAUCAAGACGUCACCAUCAACAUUGGAGAAAACAAAGGUCCAGCUAACAAUGAACCAGCACCCCGUGAACGUCCUGUCUGGAUGACAGAGAGCACCGUUGAUGGCGCUAUCAUAGAGGCCGCUUCAGGAAGUGCUGUUGAAACCAUGAAGGUGGAUCAAAAUCGAACCAACGCUGGGAAGUCUCAUGAUGGCGAAAUCAUGAAGGCCCUGCUUGCUCAUGAGAGGAAAGUCGGGCAAAGACCAAGCUUCCAUCAUGAACCUAACAGUGACAAUGAAAGCGAUGCUAGUGCCUCCGAUGAUGAGUUCCCUCAAGGUAGAACCGACCCACUACUAUCAGAGGACAGGCUUGCUUUUGGUACGAUGAUGGGGGAGAUGUCAAUGGGUAGACAUGAGGAGGAGGAGGAAGAAGAAGAUGAGGAUAUGAUGGUGAUGGUCCAAGGGAGGCAAGUGCCUCUGGAUGAAGUCACUCCAGAAAUGAUUUCUGAAAUGGAUCAGGAAGAGAAGGAUGAAUAUAUCAGACUUGCACAACAAGCACAUGCUGACAUGUAUGAAUGAUCUUGUAGACUUAUUAUUUAUUCACUAUGUUGCUUUCAGUGAGAACUCAACGUAAAUGGAUUUCUUUUUCAAAUUGAAAGGAAGUGUUGGAGGGGUAUGCUUCAUAUAAAUUUUACUAUGCCAUACAUGUUGACCGUUGAGAUUUCAGUAAGAUUUUGUUUUCAUUCAAAAUAGCAAAAUAAAAGCAAAAUUAAAUCAAAAUUUUGAACAGUUUGUGCAGUAUACUUUUACUGUGUAAUUUCCCCAAAAUAAGACUUUGUAUAAGUAAGAUUUUUUAUUUUGAAAAGUUGGCACGUAUCAUAUGGUCCAUUUUUUGAAAGUUAAUUAUGGUCACUCCAUGCAUCAUCAGUGGUAACCCCUUAUCUGCUGUUUAUCACUAUAGAUAUCUACUCACUUCAACUUGUAACGGCCUUCUUCAUCCCACUGCUGCCACUAGAUAUGACAGAUGACUCAGUAAAGACUAUGAUAUUUAGGGAUGUUGGUCAACGUAUAUACAUGUACAUGGUGAUUUAACCAGGCUAGUCAAGUUUCCAUUGUUCAAGUUGAAGUGUGUAGAUAUCGAUACUGAUAUCGUAUAUCGUAAUUAUUACAAAGGACUACUUGUUUUUGAUUGGCUGUUGAGCAUUUUUGUCAUUUAUUUUACCAUUUGAUGGCAAAUUUACACGCAACAGUGAGGCUAAUCAAGGAAUUGACACUUUAAACUGGAAAGUCAUGGAAAACUGUAGAGUUAUUUCUAAGUGACUUUGAAUUAUUUGUGAAAUUAAUCACAAUAUUGUUAAACGAAUUUGCCCUUUAAUAGUCCACCUACCAUUCACUGCACUCAGAUUUGUUUUCGUGGUCAGGAAAAUCCAGGAAAUUUUCGAUUGGUAUGUGUAUUGAGGGCAGCGGGUACGCUCUUUUCAGCACCAUAUGCAAUAUCACUAACGGUAGAGAUAUCAUAUUUCAGCUCAUUUGCUCUCAAAUCAUUCAUAUUAUGUCUAGGAAGUAUGAAUA